CCCUUUGUUUAAUAUCCCAAAGCCACUUUAGUUGAGCAUGAACAGACAUGAACUUUGCCGUACAGCAAUCAGAGGACAUCGCCCAUAUAUAGCGUAGGGCAGAUCUGUGCUCUCAGCACUGAAAACCUUCUGCUAUGAUUUUGCAUACAUUGCUGGAGUGGCUGGACAUUAAGGGCUUCCUGCUCUUUCUCUUUUUGUUCCUGCUUCUGGCUGAUAUUCUGAAGAAUAAAAAUCCACCUAAUUUCCCACCGGGACCCUGGCCAUUGCCUUUCCUGGGAAAUGUCUUCACUGGCGUUGAUUACAUGACAAUGGACAAGCUUGCUGAGGAGUAUGGCAAUGUCUUCAGUCUGAGGAGGGGCAGUGAGAAGACAGUGUUUGUAUCCGGUUAUAAAAUGGUGAAGGAAGCUUUGGUGAAUCAGGGAGAAAGCUUUACUGACCGUCCUGUGACUCCUCUUUUUCAUGAAAUCUUUAAGGGUCGUGGCUUGUCUUUGAGCAAUGGCUACAUGUGGCGGAAACAGCAGCAGUUUGCUCUAGCCUUCUUAAAGAACUUUGGAGAGGGCAGAAAGACACUGGAGCUCCACAUUCUGAAGGAGUGUGACUUCCUCUGUGAGGCCAUCAGAGAAGAGCAGGGAGGAGCCUUUGACCCACAUGUAAAGAUAAACAAUGCUGUUGCCAAUAUCAUCGGGUCCCUGGUGUUCGGCCAUCGCUUUGAGUAUGGCGACGUGAAUUUCCAAAAGAUUCUACGCAUGAGCGCUGAAUCCGUCUACUUAACAGGCUCAUAUGGCGCUCAGCUCUACGAUGCCUUCCCGUGGCUCCUAAAGUUUUUCCCUGGCCCUCAUCAAACCGUCAUCUCAAACUACAACAAGCUGGCAGACUUUCUGAGACACAAGAUAGAGGAGCACAGGGAAGACUGGGACCCUCAGUCUGAUCCUCGGGACUACAUUGACUCCUAUUUCCUGGAAAUUGAGAAGAGAAAAAAUGACACAGAGGCCGGAUUCAGUGUUGAGAAUUUGGCAUUUUGCACUGUGGACCUGUUUGAAGGUGGGGCAGAAACUACAACUAACACUAUGCGUUGGGCUCUCCUCUUCAUGAUGAAGUACCCAGAUGUGCAAGAGAAGGUCCAGGCUGAGAUAGACAGGGUAAUUGGACAAUCACGCCAGCCCACCAUGGCAGACAGAGCCAACAUGCCCUACACUGAUGCUGUGCUCCAUGAGACACAGAGGAUGGGAAACAUUGUGCCUCUGAACAUGACCCGGAUCAGCAGCAAAGACACUAUACUGGGAGGAUACUUUCUGCCUAAGGGUACAGUCAUCGUCACUAAUCUCUCCUCUGUGCUGCGUGACAAAAAUGAGUGGGAGACACCUGAAACCUUCAAUCCAGGACAUUUCCUGGAUUCUGAGGGCCGGUUUCGGAGAAGGGAAGCGUUCCUCCCAUUUUCAGCAGGUAGGAGGGCUUGCCUGGGGGAGUAUUUGGCUCGAACGGAGCUGUUCCUGAUCUUUACAUACCUUCUCCAGAAGUUCAUCUUCUCUCCUCCACCUGGAGUUGAGCCCAGCCUGGAAAGUCAGCUUGGGUUCACCCAAUCCCCAAAGCCUUUUAAGAUGUGUGUCUCUAUUCGCUGAUUCCUCACCCUGCAACAGCUACAGAUCCAAUAUAAUUAGUAUGUAAAACCACUAAGAUAACCUGAGAGGGUUCCCGUUUAUACACAGGGGCAGAUGCUAUGGUUUUCUUUCUACAUAAUCAGAAAAAUAAAUGGGUAUUAGAAAAAAGAGGAUUUAUACAGUUAGCUUAGAAUAUUUAAAUUGAGUGGGUGAUCCAGCGCCUGGAACAGUCAUGUCCACGUGCGUGCUGUAUCACACAAUAUGAUAACAUCAAUAAUGUUUGACAGACCUUUCAUACAGAAAACACUAGCUGGCUAGUUAGAUGGGAGACAAGUUACAUAUUCAUUUCUGAUAAAAAAAGAACUAACUGGUCCAAGGGAGAGGGUUUUUCCUUUCUUAUCUCAUAACACAUGCACAUAUUUGCUUUGCACUAACAUUAACAGAGCAAAGAACAUGCCAAUCCUCACAAAGGUCUAGCAGUUCGUAAAUUGUAGCUGUAAAGCUGGUUUAAAAAUAACUGUUAUAAAAUAUUAUGAGUCAUAAAUAAUACUGAGAUGACAAUGUGUUUAAAAUCAGGUGAAAAACUAAAUGGUAUACAUAUGCCAGAGAAUAAAAAAAUGAAUAAAUAAAUUUACCAGUCUGUCUCUGAAUCACAAAGGCCCACAGACAGUUGAAGUCUGAAGAAUUCAUAUGUAGCGGACCAACACGAUUCCCUACCAGACCAUAACCGCAGUCAUGUUCUGUAAUAAACCUUGCAUGGAAUGACAGAUGAAUUCAUGAAUUUAAUCUGAAUGCUGUAUUUAUAAUGUUCUGUAAGUUGCUGUGGAUAAACACAAUA